GUAACCAAGCAUGAGAUCCGGGACAGUAUUCAGGAGUUUCGAACAAAAAUUAUGUCACAAGGGGACCAUCGAGAGGAGGAUGUCCAUAGGCUGGCAGAACUAACCCAGAACCUAAAGGUGAGAUACAGUCUCUUUCCUGUAGAGAACAGCAUAUCUAGCUGUAUCUGAAACAACAAAUAAACUAUGCCUCAAUCUCUGCAAUGUGUAUUUAGAGUUGUGUUGAUUUGGCAGGGACUGCAUUCCCCAAAGACCCUAAUACAUAUUGAUAAUAGUGACCACAACACUGACCACAACACGGACCACAGUGUGACCGUAGAGAGAAGGAAAGACCUGCAGGACCAGCUGAGACAGGAGGUGGACGAGCACAUCAAAGGUAGUGUGUAUGCAAUGUGAGGACUGUAAUAAGUACACAAGUGUGCUGUAGUUGUAAAUAUACUAGGAUGAGCUGUAGUUCUAAAUAUGACCACCAAAAUAGACUACAUUUAAAAAUAAACAAAUAUUUUACCUUUAUUUAACUAGGCAAGUCAGUUAAGAACAAAUUCUUAUUUACAAUGACGGCCUACACCGGCCAAACCCGGGCGAUGCUGGGCCAAUUGUGCCCCGCCCUAUGGGACUCCCAAUCACGGCCGGUUGUGAUACAGCCUGGAAUCGAACCAGGGGGUCUUUAGUGACACCUCAAGCACUGAGAUGCAGUGCCUUAGACCGCUGCGCCACUCGGGAGCCCAUGAAGCCUGCAUGAUGAGUGUUACAAAUCCAGUUUUCCCUCAUCAGUAUUUGAAGUCUCUGUGAUGUGACAACCACUACACUAGUCUCAGUGGAGGCUGGUGGGAGGAGCUAUAGGAGGAUGGGCUCAUUGUAAUGGCUGGAAUGGAGUCAAACGUGGUUUCCAUAUGUUUGAUACCGUUCCAUUUAUUCCAUUCCAGCCAUUACAAUGACCCUGUCCUCCUAUAACUCCUCCCAUAAGCCUCCACUGGCUAGUCUACAUCAUUCACCCUCCCCAUCUGGGGUCAAAGCACAUAAGGACCAAUAAACAACCAGUUUGCCUUUGUAAGCUAUGCCUUUAAUGAAAGUAAUGAAAUAAUAACAAUUCAAAUAAUAAGUGUGUGGGGUAGGUUUAGGGGUGUGUGGGGCAUAUAGGGGUGGGGUAUCAGGGGCUAUUUUUUUUUGUUAAAUUUAGGCGAGCUGUACUACUUUUUGUUCUUACCCAUCUCCAAUUUGAUAUUCUCUAUUUCCUCCUUGUGUUUCUGGUUAAUUUCAUUCAUCAGUUUCUCCACCUCAUGCCUUCCAUUCUCCUCCAUAUCCAAUGUUACUUGCUUCACCACCUCUUUUAGCACCACUCUCAUUUGCUGCAAUUCCUCCUUCAUCUCCAUCUUGAUUUUUUUCUUUUCAUCCUUGAGUUUGUGCUCAAUGUCCAUCUUUGUUUUCUGCAACUCCUCCCCUUUCAGCACCUCAAUCUCCAUCUUGAUCUUUACCAUUUCAUCCAUAUGUAGACUUUACGGCGUGAAAUGCUUGCUUACUAGCCCUUCCCAACGAUGCAGAGUUAAAAAGAGGAAUAAAAUACAUGAGGAUAAAGUACCAGUACCAGAUCAGUGUGCAGGGGUAUGAGGUAUUUGAGGUACAUGAAGGCAGGGUAAAGUGACUAGGCAUCCGGAUAAAUAAUAGUAAGAGUAAAAUAAAGAACAGAGUAGCAGCAGUAUAUGAUGUGUUUAAAAGUGUGUAUGUGUGUGUGUGUGUGUGUGUGUGUGUGUGUUUGUGUUGUGUCAGUAUGUGUGUAUGUAGCAGAGUAAACAGUAUUAUGUCUUGAUUGGCUGGAGUCAGUGGCAAUUUUUACCUCCUUUUCCAUCCUCUCUACUUCCUCCCAACUCUUUUCUAUUUCUUCCUUCUCGCUUUCUACUCCUUUCUACUCCUUUCUACUCCUUUCUGCAACUUUAUCUCCUUCAUCUCCACUUUCUCUUUCUCUUUUUGUAUGUUGUCAAUGAGCCCCAACAACAUACCCCGGGUGUCUCCCUGUGCCUCCACAGGCACAGCCAGGCAUACUCUCCACCUCCCUCUCUAUAUCUGUCCUACAGCUGUGUUGCUCCAUUUUGAGGAGCUGUCUGGGAAAGGAUUGUGUUAAAGAGAUUAUCUGGUAUACUUUUGUAUACUUUUUAGCAAGUAGUUCUGAAAGUAGCACUCACCAGCCAAAAGUGGUCCCUGAAAAUGGUGUACUACAGGGUUCUUAAAUUCCGGUCCUGGAGGGCCGAAACACCUCUGUUUUUCAUCCUCUCCUUCUAAUCAGGGGCUAAUUCAGACCUGAGACACCAGGUGAGUGCAAUUAACUACCAGGUAGAAAUAAAAAACAGAACUGUUUCGGCCCUCCAGGACCGGAAUUGAAGAACCCUGGUGUACUACAUCACACAUGUGCAGAUAUGUGCACCAUGUCAUUGCUCUCUCUUUCGCUCUGCUGAGUGUGCAUCUUGCUAGCUAUCACUCAAAUGGUGAGGGGCUGAAACUCAUUGGCUAGAACUUGAAUUGCUAUGGGGCUGGGCCACAUGGAGGAAAGUUUCGGGAAAAUGGUGCCGCACAGCUUCAGAAAACAGUCGCUUUCAAACUAGGGAUUUCGUGGCUAAUUGAGGUAAGACAGUAAUUCUGCUCAUUGAUUAUGCAUGUAUGAACUACACAUUGACACAUCCAGCCCAAAGCGGGGGGUUUAAGAAAUACGUAGUAGUCGCCAAAGUUCCGGAGCAUGUCUUUAAUAGAAGGUCAGGUUGUGGUUCAGUUGGUACACAUUCCCAGACCAUAGGAUUACUAGAAUGGACAUACAUGGACCGGUGGCCAUUUUGGGUGUACCACAGGAAUUAUGUGUUUAGUAUUCAAUACAACUUUAUCAAGAACCAACUCAAUUGACAUUGGAAUGUUCAAUGAUGUUCAAUUUUGCUUAUUUAAAGGCACAGAGUUCUCUUGUGCCACCCAUAGAAUUCGAAGUAUUAUUGCAAUCCCAUCGUAAAUUGCCAUGAUCUGAGAGAAUAUGUCCAUUCUAGUUGUUCUUAUUGUAUGCUCCAGGGAUGGGCAACUUUGAUGGGGGCCACAAAAAAAACUGAAUGGCCUUUUUCUCAUCAUGAGGGGCUGCAGUGGCUCGUGGGUCUGCAUACCCACAUCCAAACACCAAGUUUGCUGCAAUUCUACACAUUUGGCGCAGAGAGAAGAUUUAUAACUUUUAUAACUCAUUUCAUGCUAUUUUACUCAUUUUGCCAUGGGGCGGAGAGAAAAAUGAGCAGUUUUAGAGCUAAUUUGCUGCAAUUUCUACACAUUUUGCCAUAACAUGGAGGCAAAUGUUUGCAAUUUUUAUAUGAUAACUGAUGAUCAAUAGGCCCCACCCCGAUCGGUAAUUCGACCUUGCUUACUAAAAGUUUAGAUAGCAGGCUGCUAGACUAAUUUACCAAUCUAUACAAAUUUAGCUGACAUGGACUAAUUGAGUGACUUUUGAUGCACAACCAAAUUUCGAAAUUGCACCUUGUGCAUUCUAUUAUUCUAACUCUCAACAGUAAAUUGAGACCCCGGCUGAGUUCCUUAAGGGAUGGGCCGCCAGAUGCCAAUCCCUCUUCCAGACCAUGGAUUUUUAGGUGGUCGCCUGCUACACAGUAGUUGACAUGGUAAUUGAUUGUUACAUGCAUAUAAUUAGAAUUGUAUUUCUGUGGUAGCAAGUUGAUGGAAUUAUGGCAGUUACCAUGGCAAUUCAUCAAACAUUCCAAAAGGGCCUACAAAAUAUGGCCAAACGUGUUUGCUUAUGUUUUUCUAUUAGCAAUGGCUUUUGACUUUGUAAAAUAAUGCUGUUUUCUCGAUAUUGGAAGUUGAUAUCUCACCAAGUGUCCAGCAGCAAAUGUGAUCAAGAAACGGAACUCAUUUGUGCAACAUUUGGAUUGUUAGGUAUGUUGGCAUGGCAACGGAAUUAUGAUGGGGAAUUAUGACCCAGAGUUCUGAAUCUCAGAAUUCUAGUAAAUCCUGACAAAAAUGGUGCCCUUCUUUUUCUCCACAAUGACAUUGAUGGAGAUACUAAAGCAUUAACUACUGUUGGCUUAAUUGCUAAAUGUUCCAAAAAUAACGGCUCAUAAUAAUGGCCGGAACGGAGCAAAUGGAAUAGCAUCAAACAUUUGAAAACAAUGAUACCAUUCCACUGAUUCUGCUCCAGUCAUUACAUGAGUCCAUUCUCCCCAAUGAAGGUGCCACCAACCUCCUGUGCUGUACAUACAUGCUAAAUGAACACAACUAGCCUACAUAAUGAACAGCCAUUGAACCUACACUAUACCAGUUUUGCUCAGGAUUUGUACCUGAUUCAUCUAAUCUUCUCGAUUGAUGAUUGUGAUCCGUUAUAUUGGGCGUUAAGCCUACAGAAUAGAAUAGUGUAGAGAUAAUAAUAAUAUGCCAUUUAGCAGACGCUUUUAUCCAAAGCGACUUACAGUCAUGCGUGCAUACAUUUUUUGUGUGUAUGGGUGGUCCCGGGGAUUGAACCCACUACCUUGGCGUUACAAGCGCCGUGCUCUACCAGCUGAGCUACAGAGGACCACAGGCCUAUGUCGCUAUGAACUGUGUGUCUUUCCUUUUUCACAGAGGGGAGAGUAAGUGUGGAGAAGAUGCAGGAGAGAGUGGGUACGAUCCGGCAGCUAAAGGAAGCCCUGAGACAGGAGAAGGAGGAGAAACAGGAGAGCAGUGAGAAAUCUGACCACUCAGAACAGGUACCAGGAAUACUCUACUGUUCUGUGAGGUUGAGAAGAACAAAGUGAUCUGUCCCUAAUGUGCAAAUAUCUUCCUAUGACAACUUGAGGACUGGUACCAGGUGCAGUACAACAGAGCACAGGAGCGGAGGAGGAAGAUCAAAGAGGAUCAUGGGAGAGUGAUACAGGAGGAGGUGGAGAAGAUGGAAAGAGAGCUGGGGAAGGAGCAGGUGACUGGUUUUAACACUUGAGAUUGAUUUAAUCAUGAUAUUCCUCACAUCUUAGACACUCAAACGGUAAAAUGUCCUGCCUCCAUAAAUCUACCCCUAUGAUCAGACUGAGGGCACCCAGAGGGAGCUGUUGGUCCUGGGCAGAGAGAGACAGGUCCUGGUUCUACAGAUGGAGGCCCUGCGCACUGAGGCCUUGGAGGCCGAGAGAGACCUGGAGACCCAGUACCACAGACACCAGCAUGAGCUGUACUCUCUUAGGGAGGAGAGUCUGCAGGUAGAGCCUUUAUCUGGAGGGUCAUCUGGGUAGCUAUAGAUUCAGAAAACCAAAGCAGUUGCAGUGCAUGCUUGCUCUGUCUUCAUCCAGCCACCCUGUAUUUGUUGUUACAUUCAGCACUGCCAUUCGUUGAACCAACCCUGCCUAUCUUACCCAUUUUUGCCAGUAUCACACCUUUCACCACCAUGCUAAACUCUGUCUCCCCACCCUCAAUCCCUUAUUAGGUGUUCCGGGUUUUCCGCCAGGUGAGUGAGGAGCAGAGGAGGGUGUCAGAGGGCAGGUACAGGACUCUCCUGCUGGAGGCCAUACAGGACGCAGUCUACCUGUCCUCUCAGAACCAACAGCUCCAAGCAGACAACAAACAGCUCCGCAAAGGUGAGUUACACACCUGGAUAACACUUGUAUAACCUAACUGUAACAUAUUUCUGUCUUAGUAUAGGUAGUUUAGAUCCUACUUUGUUGAGAAAAAACGAUUUUAAAUCACUUGAAAUAAUGGUGUAUUUCAUUGCCAUUGCAUACCUUGAAUCAGAUUUUUCUUUCUCUCCUUCCUCCAUAGCAUUGGCAGAGCUUAAGGACAUUAUGUGUGUGCGGGGUGACCUCAAGGGACAAAGGGUAUCCCAGUAACAGUGAGAGAAUGGGGAAAUAUGUUUAUCUUAUGAAUUUAUGGCAUUUUAUUUCAGAUAGAAAACACCAAAGAAAUUAAAUAGAAACAACGAUUUUGAAAUAUUUCACUUUAUUAUAUAGUAUUGCAUAAACACUUUCUGUACCAUACUGUACCCUUUGACGUUGGCAGAGGUAAUGAUAAAUGCUAAUAAAAUGACCAUACUGACAAUCAUAGCACCACUCUUAAGAAGUGUUGUGUAACCAUGUAGAAAUAAUGGAGACUUAUUACUCAAACCCAACUACCCAUGAUAUAUUGAAGAAAAGGCUUGAAUGAAUAUGGCAGAAUUGAUUGACCUGGAAAUCAAAGGCAAGUGAAACGAAGGCAGUACAUUACACGUAACAGAUAAACCAGUGACGGUGUGAUGAAGGGCUCUGUAAGUCUCAGCUAAAGUGCAGCUUCGAUUGCUUAAUCAACGAUCAAAUUAGAAACUUCAAAUAACUCAAACUAAAUGGACCAUUUGGGACAUUAAAUGAAAAAUACUGUAUAUGAAUCACUAAAAUAAAAAUGCAUUUCAAAAGGGAAAAGAAAACACACUCCAACCAAAAAACGUUCCAACCUUAAUGUCAACGCAUCAUCUGGUAAACAGUGCUACCAGAGAUUGUGGUGUUGCGGUGGAAUGGGAGUCAGUUAGCAGGGGUCCACUGUACCCAAUACAGGUAGGUAUAGGCAGAAUUCUGCUACCUGUAGUACAGAUAGGCUGCCAGGCCAAUCAUAGAGGUAGGUAACAGGAAGAGGGGGGUGAGCUGCAGGCCCAGCAGGGCCCAGGAGAGCAGAGCAUUGACCAGCAUAGAGCAAGAGAUGACAAACAGCCUGGUGAUGCCGCUGCCAUGCUUUAGCACUAUUGACAUCAGCAGCCCGUUAGCUGCCUGCCCCGCCACAAUGGCCCACACCGCCCCUGAGUAACCCUCCAGGAAACCCUGUUCUCCCCCCAUGCUGGAGAGGUGGGAGACCAAGUUGAUGGCCACUCCAAACACGUACAGGUACACGUUCUGCAGGCUGAGGGGUAGUCGCUGGCUCUUCAGCACCCGUUCUGUGUAGACGGCCGCCAGCCCUGAGAUGAAGCAGUAAACCAGCACUAGAACUAGGCCCCAGGCUGUAAUGUGAAGCCUGGAACUCGCCUGGUCCUCAGUUUGCCCUGAGUCCUCCAGAUCCAGGCUGCUGUAGCUGUGACACACCCCGGCCCCCAUGAGGAUCCCCAGGGCCAGCCACUGGGCGGACCGCAGCCUCUUCCCCAGGCAGGAGGUGUAGAGCAGGGCCGUGGAGGCGAUCUUCAGGUUGCUGAGGACCUGGAAGGAGCUGGGGUCCAUGUAGAUCUGCAUGAGGACCACCAGGUUGUUGUUGAAGGCGUA